CUUGGUGGAGGCAGAGGGAGUUUCCAGAGUGCACAAAGGAGCCUGGAGGAGAGUGAAGAGGGAAGCCUGAGUUGGAGCUGCAGCCAUGGCCCAAGGAGGACCUUUCCUGCCCUGCCUCGCCUUCCUGCUCUGCAUCUCUGCCCUCCAAGCCAUAGACAAGGCUCCCAAUGUGCAGGUGUAUUCCCGCCAUCCUGUGGAGAUAGGCAAGGAAAACACUUUGCAUUGCUAUGUGGAAAGGUUUCAUCCUCCCAAAAUCGAUAUCACUCUCAUGAAGGAUGGUGUCCCAAUUGAGGAUGUGCAGAAAUCUGACCUUUCCUUUAAACCCGAUUGGACUUUUGAGCUCCUGGUCCAUACUAAAAUCAUACCUGAUGGAAAAUCAGAGUAUGCCUGUAAAGUGAACCACAGCAGCCUGACUAGUCCAAAAAUCGUCAAGUGGGAUCAGGUGCAUUAAACACAGGAUCCUAGAAGUAAGGUCUGAAAAGCUGUGCCCUUUAAAGAUUAUCAAUUCUUAAGCAUACUUCUGAUUCAUUCCUGCUUGCAAGCGGUUGUGGAUCUCGACAGAUAGUUUUCUAGGGUACACAUGGCCAUCUCUUCAUGUACAAUGCGGGUGGCUCAUGCUUAUUUGAAAUGUUUGGAUUUUCAAUAGAACCCCCAUAAGCAGAGACUGAAGAUUGUAUUGGAAGUUUGCACUAACAAACAUUUAAUGUAAGCUUCUUUUAAAAUAAUAUAAUUCUGUUCAUUUGCCUUAAUUUCCUUCAUUAAAAAUUCUGGACAUUUGUCUAAGCUUCUGACGGAAAAACAGUCAAAGACUUGAAAAGAUUAUGUGCUCAAACUUCUUUUAUAUAUUGCCGAUGAAUUGUUUUCUUAUUUGGCAUAUCUGAAAUGCAAAAUGAUUGAACUACUGUACAAUAAAGUAUAAAUACUAA